AUGACAAAUGCAAAGAUUUUAGUAGCUCAUAUAAGUGAAAGCGAUGCCGAUGAGGCUAUCAGAAAGAUCAAGAAAGUGAAUGAAAAAUCAGGGCCCUUUGAUCUAAUAAUUAUAUUCAGUAACUCGUAUGAUGAAAAUUUUGAGCUGAAUACUGAUGGGUUACCUCAACUAAUACUACUAUCGUGUGAUAAGGCUAACAAUUCGAAAUCCAAAAAGAUAAAUGAAAAUGUAACAUUGCUGCAUAAUAUGGGUACUUAUAAAUUAGCAAAUGGAAUCACUCUUUCAUAUUUUAUUUAUCCGGAUGAUACUCUUCAAGGGGAGAAAAAAAGCAUACUGGACGAAUUUGGCAAAAGUGAGGAUCAGGUAGACAUUCUCCUUACAAAAGAAUGGGGCCUUUCGAUCUCUGAGAGAUGUGGAAGGUUGUCUGGAAGUGAAGUUGUUGAUGAAUUGGCGAAAAAGUUACAAGCAAGGUACCAUUUUGCCUUUUCAGAUGAAAUAAACUUUUACGAAUUAGAGCCUUUCCAGUGGGAAAGAGAGCGCUUAUCGAGGUUCCUCAAUAUUCCAAAAUAUGGAUCUGGAAAGAAAUGGGCCUAUGCAUUCAAUAUGCCAAUAGGGGACAACGAACUAAAGGAUGAACCUGAACCGCCCAACUUGAUAGCUAACCCGUAUAAUAGCGUGGUUACAAACAGCAAUAAAAGGCCACUAGAAACAGAAACAGAGAAUUCGUUCGAUGGAGACAAACAGGUACUUGCUAAUAGAGAAAAGAAUGAAAAUAAAAAAAUUCGAACGAUUUUGCCGUCAAGUUGUCAUUUCUGCUUUUCAAAUCCAAACCUCGAGGAUCAUAUGAUAAUAUCAAUCGGCAAACUAGUGUAUUUAACCACAGCGAAGGGACCUUUAAGUGUUCCUAAGGGUGAUAUGGAUAUCUCAGGCCAUUGCCUCAUUAUUCCCAUUGAACAUAUUCCGAAAUUAGAUCCAAGCAAGAACGCAGAGUUGACACAGAGUAUUUUGGCUUAUGAAGCUAGUCUUGUGAAGAUGAACUACAUAAAAUUUGAUAUGUGCACGAUUGUCUUCGAAAUACAGUCUGAACGUUCUAUUCAUUUCCACAAACAAGUUAUUCCCGUUCCAAAAUACCUCGUUCUAAAGUUCUGCAGUGCCUUAGAUAGACAGGUUCAUUUCAAUAACGAAAAAUUCACAAGAAAUGCUAAGCUAGAGUUCCAAUGUUACGAUUCACACUCUUCCAAACAAUAUGUGGAUGUAAUUAACAACCAAUCCAAUAAUUAUUUACAAUUUACCGUCUACGAGACUCCUGAAGCGGACCCAAAGAUAUAUUUGGCCACAUUUAAUGCCAGUGAGACAAUAGAUCUGCAGUUUGGACGACGUGUACUAGCCUUUUUACUUAACUUGCCACGCAGGGUGAAAUGGAAUUCUUCAACCUGUUUACAAACUAAGCAACAAGAGACUAUAGAGGCUGAAAAGUUUCAAAAGGCCUACAGGACCUAUGACAUUUCUCUCACAGAAAACUAA